UCAGGCUAUGGUUCAUUUUGGGAAUAUCUGACAUGGCCAGGAUACUAUCCGUCCUCGCGAAAAUCAUGCUUUGCAAAAUACUGGCACUGAUUCUCUUACAAGGUGUCUUUGAUGCCUCGGUCAUAUCCGAGGUCAGCCCCCGAGGUCUCCCAGACUCCAGCAGGGUGUCUGGCAUCGGGGGAUCCGCGGGUUUGCAGCUGUCUGAGGCAACGGAGGCGAAGUCCAGACCAAAGCGCUGCACUUGUUAUUCCUACAAGGAUAAAGAGUGCGUCUACUACUGCCACUUGGAUAUCAUUUGGAUCAACACUCCCGAACGCACUGUGCCCUAUGGAAUGUCGAGCUACAGAGGACCACAGCGAAUCAGACGUGCUGUAGGUGAGCAAGGAACUGAACAGGAGGAGGCAAAGACUCCGCGCUGCAUUUGUGCUGUGCUUGACACCGACACCGAGUGCAUUGACUUUUGUCUGUCAAGCCCCCUGCCGGCAGCACCAAUCAGGAGUCUCCACAGAGUCCCUGGACCUGGAUGACACUUUGACGUCUCUCCAUCUUCUGCUCUUCUCCUCGGGGGAAUGGACCCUUCCCUCCUUUUCAGCCCCUUCAGUCUGCGUUUGGCACUCUUGCCUCCACAGGUACACUCACAUUCAAGAAAAGAGCUUUGGAGUUUGACACUGCCGACAUUCCUCAGCAUCAUAACUCUUGGAGCAAGUUCCAUCAGGCCGACUGGUUUCAAAAACUCUUCAGCAAAUUCAGUACAGAUCCCUGGAGGCUAUCCCCUUUUUGUUCCCCCCUCAGUGCAGCAUGAGGAUUAUUUUCACCAUAAUAGCCAAUGACCUUGCUUCUGUCAAGCUUGAUCAGAAAAACCUUUUGUAUUUUAUACCUAGUAACAGUGUUCUGGGCUACUUAACUCUCUCUUCCAAAACAAUGAGAUCAGCUUGUAUAAAUCUUUCAGGGACAACAAAGACAUAGACAACAAAGUGCCAAGAGGAGCAAUGGAAAGGAGCAAGGCAUGACAUUGUGCUAUCACACCUUAAAAAAAUAUUGAA